CUCAACUGGUGAAUCUGUUUUCAGAUCAAGGUUUUGGCUCCCUUGUUCCUGUUCCUGUUUCUUGUUCUAGCUCUGCUCUCCAGCAGUUCAGCUCGUGCCUGGGCACACACUGCCACUGGAAUACAAGUUAUGAUCCAGCUGCAGCUGAGCCUUUCCCAAAGUUCAGCCACCCAGACACCCCAGAUCCUGGAACUGAAAAGUGAUGUCCUGACACCUGGGAGCAUGACAGACCUGGAAUGACUGGGGAGAAGCUGCUUUCAUUGGCCAUCCCUGAUCUUGCGUGCCCAUUAAAAGGUGCCAGCACUUGCAGUCUGCUUGGUCAAGCCUGGAAGGCUGGGCCUGGAUCUGCUCUGGACCUUUGAAGGAGAUCUGGACCUCUCCUUCCUGACCCCAAGGAGCCAUGGAAGACAAACGCAACAUCCCCAUCAUUGAGUGGGAGCACCUGGACAAAAGGAAAUUCUACGUGUUUGGGAUUUGCAUGACCAUGAUGAUCCGGGUGAGCGUUUACCCCUUCACGCUCAUCCGCACGCGCCUGCAGGUUCAGAAGGGCAAGAGCCUGUACAACGGGACCUUCGACGCCUUUGUGAAAAUCCUGCGGACAGAAGGGACCGCUGGGCUCUACCGUGGCUUCCUGGUGAACACCUUCACCCUGAUCUCAGGACAGUGCUACGUCACGACCUACGAGCUCACUCGCAAGUACGUGUCGCGCUACAACAACAACAACGCUGUCAAGUCCCUGGUGGCCGGCGGCUCGGCCUCGCUGGUGGCCCAGAGCAUCACGGUGCCCAUCGAUGUCAUCUCCCAGCACCUCAUGAUGCAGAGGAAGGGAGAAAGCAUGGGCAGGUUCAAGGUGCAGAACCAAGAUGGCAAGCGUGUGCUGGUCUUUGGCCAAACCAAGGACAUCAUUGUACAGAUUUUCAAGGCCGACGGUUUUAGAGGCUUCUACCGGGGUUAUGUGGCCUCGCUGCUCACUUAUAUUCCCAACAGUGCGGUCUGGUGGCCCUUCUACCACUUCUAUGCUGAACAGCUUUCGAGUUUGACUCCUAAAGACUGUCCCCACCUCCUCCUGCAGGCGAUAUCAGGGCCCCUUGCAGCUGCCACAGCUUCCACUCUCACCAACCCCAUGGAUGUGGUGAGGGCUCGGGUCCAGGUGGAAGGCAAGAGCUCCAUCAUUCUCACCUUCAAACAGCUCAUUGCAGAGGAAGGUCCCUGGGGGCUGACUAAAGGCCUCUCUGCCCGCAUCAUCUCGGCCACUCCUUCCACCAUCGUCAUCGUGGUGGGCUAUGAAACGCUGAAGAAGCUGAGCCUGCGCCCAGAGCUGGUGGACUCAAGGCACUGGUAGAGGCAGCUGGGGGAGGAGAACCUUCCUGUGAACUCUCUGAGUUUGGACUGCUGCAGGGGAGAGCCUGGGAUGCAACGCAGCUGCUGUGCCUUUGUCUCUGGCUGGUUUCACAGCACAAGGCAGAUGCAAAAGCAACUGCACUUCACCUCUUUAGAUCUGAGUGUCAUGCAAUGGUCUGCUGCUGGUUUCGCUUCAACUGUGACCUUUGGCAGUGCUCUUUGCCUGGAACAGUCCAUUCCAGGUGUGUGAAUGCAUCCUGGCAAGUUAGUAAUUCCUUUUUUUUUUUAAAUUAAAGACUUACUGGCUUAAGCAAAAAGCCAGUUUAUUCUCUUUAAAUUAUUUUCAUCUUUGCCAAACUUCCAAGGAGUCUCACGGCCUGCAGCAGGGCCCUCUGCUGGGAUGUCUCUAGUGGCAAUUGUGCUGUGGGAAACUGGAAGCAGAAAAUAGACAAGUGACUUUCUCCAAUUACCUGCUUUUAUUUCUAGAAGAUGUGAGACAAGAGUAACCUGGAACCACUUCAGACCUGAUUCCUGCGUUUUGAAUAGAUCUACAUACUUGUUUUGUACAUUCUUGGAAAAUGUUCCCUGUCUCUCAUCCUCCAAACAGCAAGCUGGCUGAUAGCAAGUCAGGAGCUGAGCUGGCUGUUUGGAAUUAGCUGAUUUGACACCAGGCAGUUUUGACACCUAACCUGUGUUUUUAAUCUGUUGUAAUUUAAUUUUUUUAUUUUAGGGAAGCUUAUUCUGAUUUCUGGGGAGCUGAAUGGUUGUCCUGUGGCCUCGUUCAGUGUGUCAAUCCUGCAUGUUCAGAGUGGCUGUGGCCACUUCCCACCUUAGUUAGUUUAAGCCCAAAAAUGCAGUUUGGAAGUGUUUGAUCGUGGUGCUGCCAGCAGCUGGAUGAGAACUGAACGGGCUUUGAGCUACAAUUAGAUGGGACGUGGGGAAGGAGAAACCUUGUGCUGGCUUUUGAUCCAGUUCAAACCUGACAGGCAUGUUUAUAUUGAAUAAGAAGUGAUGGUUCACUUCACGAGUUUAAAUUCUGCUCUUCCAGUUUGGGAAGGGCAGGGAUAAUGUUUUGCACAAUUGCUGGAUCAGAAGCCUGAGCUACGGUCUGUGUAUUUUACCAGGUGAAAACUUCAGGGGAUGAAACCAGAGGCUGCUUUUUGGGGAGGGGAGGGAGGGGGUUGUUUGACUGCACUCUGCUGCUCUUGGUGGUUGAGAUUUGCCUUUCAUGCUGCCAGCCCACACGUGGUGCUCGUCCUGGUUAGCCACAUCCGGGGGGUUUGGGGUGCACCUGCACACAACAGAGUGCACCACCUCCAUUCCCCUUCUGCCAUAACCAGGAAUUUGAAGUGUUGAUCCUGCUGACCUGUGGCUGUUGCUGGGCUCCACUUGGCUGUGUCUUCCUGAGGGGAUUCACCAGGUGUGGCUCUGCCCUUCGUGCCAGUGUUGUCCCUGCCCAGCAGGCACUGGGCAUGCCACCACGCCUGCUGGAAAUGGAGGGUGCUAAAGCUGCUGCUGAGGUGGGAGAGGUUUCUCUGCUAAGGGCAGGGCUUGAUUCUAAGGUGCAGUUGGGGCUGCAGGUGAGUCAUCAGAGCCUCUUCAUCCCAGUUUUGUUUCUUGCAGUGCUCAGAAAGGCACUGGGUGCUGGAGCCACUGGUGGAGCUGUUGGAGCAGCACCUUCUGCACCUGCUCCUGUCACCUGUUUGUUGUUUAAAAGUUGACACCAGUCGGCUCUUGCUCUAAUAAUAGAUUCUGCUCUGAAAAGCAGAACAGCACCCCAAAUCACAAGGCAGCAGGAUGUCAACACUAAUUUAGCAGGAACAAUAACCAUCAACCUCUGCCAGGUGCAGCAGGGCCAGUCCCAGUGUGCGGACAGAGGGGCGGCAGCACCGGUGUGGGGAGACACUGUCAAACUUAAUGUUCCUCUCGUAACCAGCAACGUUCUUGACAACUAAUAAACUUGAGAGACCUUCA